AUGAAGGGCCAGAAAGGCUUCGAGAAAGGCUUUGACAAGGGCUUCAGCAAAGGCAAAGGGAAGGGCCAAACAGAGAUUGUCGUCGCUGGUUGCAGGCACGAGACCGUUGGCGCUAUCAUCCGCGGCGAAUACGUGAAGUUUGGUAGCAACCACGGUAGACCAGCAUACCGGAAGCUCGACAAGCCUGGUGCACAGGAAGUGCAGAUCUACUUUUGGGACCACCGGGAUGGCCCCAGUAUGUGUGGCUGGUGGUUCGGCGCCUCGGUGGGUGGCGACAUGGUUUGGUCCUUCCGGCCGGGCGACGCCCCGGUGCCGCCCAGGAGCAGCGCAAGUGGACCAUCGCUAGGUGCUCCCGUUGCUGCAGACGGUCGAAGUCCAGCGGGGCUUGGUCCAUCCAUUGAGGUGAUGCUGAGGUUGGCCCUGCUCAUCUCCACUGCUCAUGGCUGGAGCUGCAAUGAUGCUGGCGCAACCAGUUGGUUGCGGAGAGAAAGCCUUGCGGAGGUGGACGCGCUGGCUGUGUGCAAUGAUGGGAGCUCCGCAUCGUUCUACCUCCAGGAGAACACGUCCAGCCCUGAUUGGCUGGUGUAUUUAGCUGGUGGUGGCUGGUGCUAUGAUGCUGCCAGCUGCCAGGGGCGCUUUGACGGGCAUCUCUUCCCAAACCACCCAUGCAACAGCUCCAAUCAAAGCAUGCCUUGCUUCAUGUCCAACAAGGACUAUCCUGAAACAUGUGGCAAGACAGGUAUUUACGACCGAAGUGACCGGUCACCGCUGCACGGUCAUAACCUGGUUUAUGUGCCCUACUGCACCUCCGAUGCCUUCAUGGGAGAUGGUGCCUUUGGGCCGUGGCAAUUCCGCGGGGCGAGGGUGGUGCGAGCUGUGCUGAAGAAGCUUGGUCCACGGCUGCAAGCGGCAAGGAGGCUGAUCUUCGGUGGCGGCUCUGCAGGAGCGCGGGGUGCUAUGGUCUUUUUGGAUGAGGUGCGGGACAGAUUCCCACAGACUGACGUGCGCGGCUUCUUGGACUCACCAUACUACUUGGACGUGCCUAGCUUCAGCUCAAAAUUCGAGGGCUUCCAAGUGCAGCAUGAGAACGUCUUGGCCAAUUUCAAUGCAUCUUCUAUAGUGUCAGAAUCGUGCCGGGCAAAGUUCUCUGGUGAGCUUUGGAAAUGCCUCUUUGGGCAGCAUCGAAUGCCACUGGUGAGGACACCAUACUUGAUGGUGGCUGCACAAUACGAUUCGUGGCAGCUCUCGCACCUCGUGCAUGGCUAUGAUGGCCUUGAAGAGCAUCCACGCUACACAGGUGCAGAGAGGAAGUAUGCGGAGGACUUUGCUGGAAAGACUCGCGAGGAGCUGAGCCAUCUGGUGAGGCUUUCCAACGUCUCCUUCGUUUACAGCUCCGGCUGCUACGAGCACCACAUCUCUGAGAAGUCGUCCUUUUGGAGUUCCCAUGUCCGUGGCCUCUCAGAAGCCAUGGCCGUGGCAGAACUCCCAGCAGGGCGAGUGGGGGCUGUAGUUGAGGGCUGCAGCAGCUACAACUGCGGCUGCUCACAGUCUGCCGUCGCAAUUGUGUAG